AUGGCAUCUUCUUCUUCUACUAAUUUCGAUGAUGAAAUGGAUGAAAAAUUCGAUCAAAUUUUCGAUCAACAAUUCGAAAAGCUCCUCAUUCAUCAUGAAAAUCGCCAAGAAGCAUCAAGGUCAAAAAAGAAACGAGCGUACAUUGAAAGACAACGAGAACAAGGACACAUGCAGUUAUGGAACGAUUAUUUUAGUGAAGAUGCAACAUAUCCUUCUCACAUGUUUCGACGCCGCUUUCGAAUGAACAAAUCCUUGUUCAUGCGUAUUGUUGAUCGACUCUCCACUGAAAUCCCAUACUUUCAACAAAGAAGAGAUGCUACGGGAAGGUUCGGUCUCUCCGCGUUACAGAAGGCAACAACAGCAAUUCGUAUGAUGGCAUAUGGUUGCCCAGCUGAUGCGGUCGACGAAUACCUCCAACUUGGUGAGACCACCGCGCUAUUAUGCUUGGAACAUUUUGUUGACGGAAUCAUAAAUUUAUUUGGAGAAUCAAGAGGCUGUACGUAA